UGCGAUCUGAAAAAACCGUACAACGACCUUCCCUUCCCCUUAAGUUAUUUAAAUAUACGAAAAUAAGAAAGAAAUUCAAACUAAUCGAACUCGUUAGAUCAACGCCGUAUACUUCCGAAUUAACGCCCACCGUUCAAUCAUGAGUUCUCCGGCAAGCGCGGGCUUGUUCACUGGAUUUACUAAGCUUUGCAAGGGAAUAGCGGUGGUGCUUGUCUGCGGCCACAUUUUAGUUCAGGUUUUACCUGCGGCGGUUUCUGUUCUUGCUCUGAUUCCUGCUAGGACAAUUCCCUUUGCUUGGAAUCUCUUAACAGCUGGUUACAUUGAGCAAACAGUGCAUGGGGUGGUGGUCAGCACCCUUGGUCUCCUCUUCAUGGGGAAGUUGCUUGAACCUGUGUGGGGUUCUAAGGAGUUCCUGAAGUUCAUCUUCAUAGUUAACUUUCUAACUUCUGUAUGUGUUUUCAUUACUGCAAUCGCCUUGUACUACAUAACAAGGGAGGAGAGUUACCUCUACAUGCCUGUUUCUGGCUUCCAUGGGAUUCUUGCUGGGUUUUUGGUUGGCAUCAAGCAGAUCAUACCUGACCAGGAGCUGUCUCUAUUGAAAAUAAAAGCAAAGUGGUUGCCAUCUCUUAUGCUUCUGCUAUCCAUUGUUAUUAGCUUCUUGACAGCAGAGUCAGCGGCAUAUCUUCCAACCUUAAUAUUUGGCACAUAUAUCGGCUGGAUUUACCUGAGAUACAUGCAGGGAAAACCAGAAACAAAACUUAGGGGUGAUCCAAGUGAUGAUUUUGCAUUCUCUUCUUUCUUCCCUGAAUUUCUUAGACCAGUUAUCGAUCCCAUUGCAUCAAUAUUUCAUCGGAUGCUCUGUGGAAGAUCUGAAAAUUCUAGUGAUGGUCAUGGUCAUACCUUGGGAGGUGCCCCUUUGCCUGGUUCUGACCCUAUUGAGGCAUCAAGGAGAAGAGAAAGAGGGGCUAGAGCACUGGAGGAAAGAUUGGCAACUGAGAAGUUAGCCACCGCACGGAGCAUAGAGGAGUCCAAAAAGGAUGAUGCUUCGGAGAAUGUCUGAGAGCGUGAGAACUGACGAUUAAAGCUAAAUGACCAAUGCAAAAGUGUUCAUACCUUGACAAACCUCAGAUGUUGUGCGGUGUUCGGAGAUAAAUCUUUCUUUCUAGAUUCUGGUGGACAGUUUUGUUUUGCAAUUUGCCGUGGACUAUGGCCCUCAUAGUACAAAUGUUGCCACUUUAUAAGUCGUGGUAUCUCGCAAUGAAUCUCAUCUGUGCCCUUGCUCAAUA